AUGCAGGGAUCUAGCGCAGUCGCGGGCCAGCCUCAACCGUCGCUCCGAGACGCUGCUCCCGGCGGCCUCGGAGAGAGAGGCGUCCACGGUUCGUCAUUCGUGCAAGGUCCGUGCAGCGGAAGAAACUCUCCGCGCCUGUUCAUGCAGUCUUCGCUGACCAAUGCUUCGCCCACUCUGUUUUCUCAGUCUGCAACGGGAGUGGCGGUCGACGUCGGCGUUCACCCUGCGGGCUGCGAGAGAAGACUGCGAGACUCCGACGGCGAGGAACUGGCCCGUCCCAAGAGACAACGCCGGGCACAAGUUUCCGCAGAAAUGAGGAAGGAAGCCGGUGGCGAGCAGGCCGAGCGUGGUGAACGGCGUCCGGUCGACUCUUUCGAGGAGAUCCGCGUCGCAAAGAAUGGAGAAGACAAGCAGGCGGACCUCGAGGGAAGGGCAGCGAGGGAGAGGACGGAACACGAAGCAGAUACCCGAGAGUCCCCUCGACCCUCGAGAAAAGUUCAAGAGGCCGCGGGUGGGGGCCUCUUUUGCACGAAGCUCCACUGCAUGUUUGUGAAAGAUGUGAAGCAACCCCGGGGAGCAGCGACACCAGCAGACGCCGGGCUGGUUGUCCCCUCCGCUGUCGAACUGCACAGUCCUUGUCAGCCAGCGACGGGUACGCGCACAGGUCGGGGUUCUCUGUCCUUUACGUUUCGAGCGUGGGGGCAAAGGCUGAAGGCCACGGGGGCUUCACACGGUAGGUGGACCUACGAGGAGCAGGGCGCAGACUGGAGCUCAGUGGUUGACCGCGCCUGCACUUUGACGAGGCAGUCGCCCAUUGAUAUCAAUGAGGCGAUGCUGCCGAAGCAGAAGGGUGAAGUUGCCGGGGCGGCAAAGUCGAAGGAAGACGGCGAGCACUGCGGACCGAGUGACGCCCCUUGCGUGGGGCUAAACCGCAUGUUGUUUGCUGAAGGCCACGAAAUGCAGCUGGAAAUGAUGUUCCCAGAAGAGCCAGUUGCGGAUUACGUUGUGAACUGGCAGCGCGGCAUGCGACUGGAGUUUGAGCCGUCAAAGCGGCGGCCUUCGGUCCCUCUCGCGCCUGCGUUCGGGGCCUUCCGUGUGGACGGAAAGCGGUACGGUAUUCUUCAGUUCCACUUCCACGUGCCUGCCGAACAUACCUUUGCCGGGGAGAGGCGCUCGGCAGAGCUCCACAUUGUAUCCAGGCACGCCGAACACGAUUUGCUGGUUGUCGGUGUCACCUUGGAGGAAGCAGAUGUCGGGGAAGAGAACGCGUUUUUGGCAGGAAUCACCAAAGUGAUGCAUGCACUCAAGCCCCACAUGCCGCCUGCUGAGUCGGUCGCCAAGACGCGAGACACUCCUGCUCCGCCAUCCUCUCUGGACAAGACCACCUGCCUCUAUGCGGCAGACGUCGAGCAACACGUUGGCAUGAUGCACGAAACCGAAGUCCGCGACGCCGCACUGAGACGGAAGAGGAACGAAAAGACGCAUGGGGAGGGUGGUGAAGACGACGUGAACACUCAGGAGCAUGGCCGGCCCUCGCUUGUUCCUUCGGAACAUGCAGAGCAUGAACGCCUGCCUCCACUGAGUCUGCGCGACUGCUUGCCGGUUGGAAGGAAAACCUUCUACCGGUACCAUGGAUCGCUGACUACGCCGCCGUGCUCGGAGGUCGUGCUAUGGUAUGUGCUCAAGGAGUCGCUUCCAGCUUCGCCCUCACUGCUACAGCAGCUGCGUGAAAUGUUUAUCGUCCCUGAGAGCAACAGCAAAGGCAAUUAUCGCCGCGCACAGAAUGCAGAGGGCGCUGCGUACAACCAAGAAACGAUUUAUGUCGUUGAUCAUGAUGGAGCGACCGCAUGA